AUGUCCACUAUGGAACGAGAGGACCGACCCGCCGUAAGCGCCCCAGACGAGCGAAAAUCGCCCAGUUUCCUCCAAUCGCCACCCUUUUCGUUUUUUCGCAGUGGAUCGAGUCCACGCGUGAAGAGUAGGACGCUGAGCAGCGACGGGUCCGUCUAUGCUGAGCAGGCUGAGUUGUCGCCAUCGCCUUCAGCCUCGGGGUCACCCACCCCGUCAGUGCAAGCUGUCCGCCUGAAAGAUGGAAAGGACAAGUUCUUUCCUCGAUCGACCACCCUACCAUCGAUUACAUUCUCGGAUUCGUCGACCCUGUUGAACCCAUCCAGCCCACCGCUCAAACUGCACCACUUGGACGACGAGAAGAUCAGAUACGGUACUUUUGUUAAACCAGUGACUGCGGAGCCCGAAGGCAGGUCUCCUUUGAGAUCCGUUCAAAUCUCCGGUAUAACCGUGCUCCUGAGCACCGCCAGCAAGCAGCCCGUUUCAGUUCGAUUAUUCAAGAACGGAUCCGAGUUCUUGAAGCUCCCAUUCGUUCGUGGGGAUUCGGCGGACCCUCUGCGCUGGAAUCUCAAGCCGCAUCUAACGAUACGUGGGGAUACGAAUAUCUCUCUUCAAGUACGAAAACGCCGACGAUGGCCGAAGAACCCAGUCCUGGUGGAAGUCCCAGUCUCAUAUGACGAAGUCGCGGACGUAAUCCCUGCUUUUCACGACGAUAUCACCACAUACCAACUCAUCAUACACGAGGAUCCAUUAAUUAUCGUCGAUGUGGUGGCGGAUGUCGAACCCUUGCAAGCUAAUCUGCAGAAUGCUCAUGAUAAGGCGAGGGAGAUAAGAAGUGCCCUAGACCAUCUCGGGAAAUCGAGGCAUUUCUUGGAGCACCUCGUUCAUUACGGCGCUGCCUUCAGUGAGCAUUUGGAACAAUCUGAAAGAUGCGACAGGAUCGUUGUUGGACUAGCAGAGAGUAUGGCGCGGACGCUUGGAUACAUUGAGGAUGUUGAACAGUUUGCGCGCCUGGCUCAGUUGAAGCGGGCUUUGGAAGACAUUAGACCUUUGAUGGAGGAUACGACGAACUUUAUCCUGAAGUAUACGAACAGAAGUCGUACAGAUAAAGCAUUCAAAACGUCCUUCUUUAGGGAUGAAGUUGACAUCCUGAAGAAGCGUUAUGAUAGAUUCCAGGAGCAGUUUGAUCGGGGCCUGGCCGUGCAGUCGACAGUUGGCAUCGAAGACCUUCUCCAGCGCCUAGCAUCCAAUGAAGACGAUCAAAUCCUCCAAGAUCUCAAACCUCGAGGUCUCGAGUUCACCUCCUAUCCAUUUUCGGAAUGCAUGAAGGGCACGAGGUUGAGCGUCCUCUCCGCCAUCGACGAAUGGGUACACGACCUCGAAGCGUCGAACGUCCUGUGGAUUCGGGGUUUCCCCGGUGCCGGAAAAACAGCAAUCGCAUCCACCAUCGUCAACCAGCUCCGCGAUCUCAACCGAUUGGGCGCUCGAUUCGUGUUCCAGCGCGACCAAGAGACGGUUUCGACAGCGAACGCUUUGUGGAGGAGCGUUGCUUAUGAUUUGGCAAGGCUGUACCCGUCGGUGCGGAGGAUCAUUGUUGAGAGGAUCAGGGAGGAGGAUGUGGACGUGGAGACGUCCAAUGUGAGGGUGCUGUUUCGAGAGCUGAUAGAGGAGCCGCUGCGGGAGUGCCGGGAUAUCCCAUCCGGGCGCUUGCCUGUCAUCGUUAUCGACGCCCUGGACGAAUGUGGGGGUCGAGAUGGUCGACGUUCCAUUCACCGUGCCACCCUGCUCCAAACCCUCAAGCGCUGGCCGCAGCUCCCAACCCACUUCAAACUCAUCCUCACUAGCCGGAUCGAGGACGACAUAACCAAGGUUUUAACCCCCUUUUCCGAAAUCAUUGAUCUUUCCACCGGCGUGACUGUCAAGAAGAAGGCAUCGGAUGACAUUCGACACUACCUCACAUACCGCUUUUCCAAGAUUGCCGAAGACUACGACUCACUUCCUUCUGAUUGGCCAGGUCCUGUCGCUAUUGAGGACCUGACAACCAGGGCGGCCGGUCUCUUCCUAUGGGCCAAAACCGCUGUCGAAUUCGUCAACCUCGGAGAACCAACCUCGCAACUCCAGCUCCUGUUGGAGGGGAACGGAACCCUGGGCGAUGUAGACGAUCUUUAUUCCCGCGUCCUCGAGAUGUCGUUCCGCAACCCCACACCAGAAGUCGUCCAAGCGUUCCAAGACCUCGUCGGAGUGAUGAUCUUCGCCAAACGCCCACUCUCUGAACAAGACUGCAUCCACCUCCUUCCCUACUCCGCUUCCAUGGUCGAGUUCAUCCGCAAGGGCCUCCGUUCCGUCCUCGACGAUGGCAACCUUUUGCGCUUCCAGCACGAAUCUUUCCCCGAGUUUCUGUUGAACUCGGAAACGUGCCCAGAAGAAUUCAGGAUCCGAGAAGGCCCUCAUCAUCGCAACCUCGCCAUCGUCAGCCUCCGGCUUAUGCUCCAGGAGCUUCGAUUCAACAUCUGCCACUUCCCCAGCUCCCACAAACGCAACGACGCCGUUCCCGACCUCCCUGCUCGCGCCGCCCAUUUCAUCACCCCGGCCCUCAACUAUGCUUCUUGUUUUUGGAUGGACCACGUUCAGAUGGUUCCCUUUGACGAAGAGAUUCUCGAUCUAGUCCGACAGUUGCUCCACGAGAAGCUGCUGUAUUGGUUCGAGGUGCUCAGUAUCAUUGAGGAGAUGUAUUCGGCGUCUACGAUGCUGGAUAUGCUGUUGGAUUGGGUUCAACCGAGCGAAGACCAAGCGCUCAUCGCCUUCAUUGAAGAUGCUAUCAAGUACCUCGGUUCCUUCGCGGGCGUUAUGGCCCAAAGUGCUCCCCAUAUCUACAUCUCCACCCUCCCCUUCGCCCCCUCCAACUCGUUGGUCGCUCGGCAGUACCUCCCUUACUUCCCCAGAACCAUCAGGAUCACCCGAGGUCGAUGCGUGGACUGGCCACGGAUUGUGUUCUCAGUGGAUGAGCAUGACGACGCUGUCAACUCUGUCGCCUUCUCCCGUGACGGAAAACUCAUCGUUUCGGCCUCGAAUGACAAGACUGUGCGCGUUUGGGAUGCCGAGACGGGGGACCCCAAGUCUGGUCCGCUGGAAGGACACGAGGGCUAUGUCACCACCGCUGUGUUCUCCCCGGAUGGACGGCUCGUCGUGUCCGGGUCCGAUGACUAUACCAUCAGGGUCUGGGAUGCGGAUAGUGGGGAGGAGGUCGCUGGUCCUUUGUCGGGUCAUCGCAAUGUCAUCAGUUCGAUCGCUUUCUGCCCUAAAGGCAUCUAUAUCGCUUCAGCCUCCUACGACAACACCAUCCACCUCCGACUAGCGACUGAUCCUCAACACGGGCCUGUCAAGAUUCUCGAACAUCCCGCUCCUGUGAACACCCUGGCGUUCUCCUCCCAUGGCGCGCGGCUGGCGUCUGGGUCCUCGGAUAGGAUCGUUCGAGUCUGGGAUGUGGCGAGUGGGGAGGUGUUGAACAGGUUCGAAGGCCACACGAACUCGAUCAACUGUGUCGUGUUUUCGCCGGAUGAAACGACGAUUGCCUCUGCUUCUGAAGACGAGACCAUUCGUCUGUGGGACCUUGUCACCAACUCGCCCAUCGGAGCCCCACUCGAAGGACAUACAGACGCUGUCACCUCGAUCGCCUUUUCUCAGGAUGGACGUCGGUUGAUUUCGGGAGCGUAUGAUGGUAUCCUUCUUCUCUGGGAGGUAUCGACAGGCGCGAUCGUUGGCCAGUUUACUGGACAUUGGAAUGGCGUUACCUCCGUCGCUUUCUCGCCUGAUGGCAAACGCGUCUUAUCGGGAUCCUGCGACGAAACGAUCGCCGUUUGGGAUGCAGAAGUCGCCACCGAGUCCGAUGGAUCUGAGAAGGAAGACUCGGAGUACUCACUCACCCCUUUCCUCGACAUCCCCGCCCACCAGGACAACGUCAAGUCGAUCAGCUUCUCUCCGGAUGGGAGGUACAUUGCCUCAGGCUCGGACGAUGAAACGCUGCGUGUGUGGGAUGCAGAGACCGGCAUCCAGCUGCCCAUAGGAUUCCACCGCGACGAUUUGGAUGGCCAUCAUUGGUACCGCUUCCCGCUCCCACCAACCCACAAACACGCUGUCGAGGUCGUUUCAUAUUCUCCGGAUGGGCAACUGAUGGCCACAGGUGGCGGUUAUAAUGAUGAAACACUGUGCAUCUGGAACAGCGAAACCGGCAAGCUUCAUAUUCCGGUCCUUCGUGGGCACGCAGGAGGCAUCACUUCCCUCGUUUGGUUCCCCGACAGCACCAGAUUGGCCAGCAGCUCCUACGACGCUACCGUCCGGAUCUGGAAUAUUGGGACUGGGGAAACGGUUGCGGGGCCGUACGCUCCUCAUACCAGUUGGGUCACCUCGUUGGCUAUCACUGCGGAUGGAACGCGGUUGGCGUCUGCGUCGAGGGAUCAUUCCAUCCAGGUUAUGGAUGCUGAAACCCUUGAGCCUGUCGGCGAGCCUCUGUUAGGGCAUGGUGGGUCCGUCAACUGCGUCAUCUUCUCUCCAGAUGGUCGGUUCCUUGCCUCCGCCUCCAACGAUCGUACGAUUCGGCUUUGGAAUCCGGAGUCUGGUGAGGUGGUGUGGGUGCUCAAGGAAGCUCAUCGCAAGUCGAUCCUCUGUCUAUCGAUCUCCAGAGACGGGCAGUACCUCGCAUCAGCCUCCGUCGAUAAGAGCAUCAACCUUUGGAAUGUCGAGAGUGGAACUCUCCAUCUGGGACCCCUCGAAGGCCACACAGGGACGAUCUUCUCCGUUGCCUUCAACAACGACGGGACGCGUUUAGCCUCGAGUGCAGAAGACGAGACGAUUCGAGUAUGGGACGUGUCCUCUUCCGACAUCCAGUCCGAUCUCGCAGAUGCUCGACCCGCGGAAUUCGCCGACGAUUCAGGGUACCAGAAUGGGUGGAUCGUGCGGUCGAGGAACAACUAUGUGGACUGUUUGAUACUUUGGGUACCACCGUGGUGUCGGAGUGAGGUGUGGUGGCCGCGGAAUACUGCAGUCAUUGCAGAGGACCCUGUGAAGUUGGAUCUGACGUAUUUCUGUCACGGUACGGAGUGGCAUCGUUGUGUUGAACCGAUAGACGAUUGGGCAUAG